AUGAAGCUGCUAACGAUCCUGACAGCAUCGCUGCUCCCAUUCACCGCACUAGCCGUCAAAAAGUCUUCCGGAGAUCGCUUCCAACAACACUUCGCCAAGCAACUCUCCAACGCCGGCCCUCUGAAGCUGGACGACAAGCUCUAUGGCGACCUUACGAAGACUCCUCGAGACUAUUCAGUUGCUGUACUCCUGACAGCACUCGAGGCUCGCUUCGGCUGUCAGCUGUGCAAUGAGUUCCAGCCGGAGUGGGAGCUGCUUGCCAAGCAAUGGACGCGAGGGGACAGAAAUGGGGAGGGCAGGUUGCUGUUUGGUACCCUAGACUUCAUGGACGGCAAGGGCACAUUUCAGGCCCUACAACUUCAAACCGCACCUGUUCUGCUCCUGUUCCCACCCACCACCGGACCGAACGCGAAGCCGGACAAUGUCCCUCAACGUUUCGACUUCUCUUCUGGCAUCAACAAGGCUGAGCCAAUCCACUCUUGGCUCGUCCGCCAAUUGCCCGACAUCCCACAUCCAGCCUUUGUCCGCCCUAUCAACUAUCUUAUGAUUGGAAUCGGCAUCACUGCAGUGCUGGGAGUAAUCACCUUCUUCACAGUCGCCGCGCCUUACGUGCUGCCCAUCAUUCAAAACAGGAAUCUGUGGGCUGCCAUCAGCUUGAUUGCCGUCUUGCUGUUCACCUCAGGGCACAUGUUCAACCAUAUCCGCAAGGUCCCAUACGUGGCACAGGAUGGCCGAGGCGAUGUCAGUUAUUUUGCUGGUGGGUUCCAGAACCAGUUCGGGCUCGAGACGCAGAUCGUAGCAGCGAUGUAUGGCGUCCUUGCUUUCGCGACCAUCAGCCUGGCACUCAAAGUCCCUCGGAUCGCCAACCCUCAGACACAGCAGAUCGCAGUAGUGGUCUGGGGCGGCGUUAUACUCGGGAUGUACUCGUUCCUCCUCAGCGUCUUCAGAGUGAAGAAUGGAGGCUACCCUUUCUGGCUACCUCCGUUUUAGGAGGAAAACAUAAUGUAUUAUAAGGACCGUUCUGAAUAGAGCCGGACAAACCAAGCGGCAUGUGGUGUAGCAUAGUGGAAGCAAUACAUCGUCUACGAUUUAGCGUCUUUC